AUGGCGGGCGCCGACUUGCGGGCAGAGCUGGAGCAGCAGCUUGACGCUUUGUCCAUCCGCACAGAAGUCGUCGAGCACCCCGAGGUGUUUACAGUUGAAGAAAUGAUGCCUCAUAUCCAACAUUUGAAAGGAGCACAUAGUAAGAACUUAUUUCUUAAAGACAAAAAGAAAGGCUUUUGGCUGGUGACAGUGCUUCAUGAUAGACAAAUUAAUUUAAAUGAUCUUGCCAAACAGUUGGGUGUUAGGAGUGGAAAUCUGAGGUUUGCUGAUGAAACAGCCAUGCUGGAAAAAUUAAAAGUUGGCCAAGGCUGUGCCACACCCCUCGCACUCUUCUGUGAUGAUGGAGAUGUGAAAUUUGUUCUGGAUUCUGCUUUUCUGGAAGGUGGACAUGAAAAGGUAUACUUUCAUCCAAUGACUAAUGCUGCAACCAUGGGAUUGAGCCCUAGAGACUUUCUCACAUUUGUGAAGAAGACAGGACAUGAUCCUGUAAUACUAAAUUUUGACAAAAACUAG